AAACCAGUAGACUUCAGAACUGUGACUAAGGUCUUUUAAACUACUCUAUGUUUGAAACCAACGUGUGCGCUCAGUUUUAAUAUUAAUGUUACAGAAUAAAUUCAAUAAAAUAUAUUCUGUUCCGUGAUAAUAGUAUCCUUAAGUAUGCGUUUUGGACAUGUACUAUAGAGACAUUGGCGGCGUCAGGUAGGGCCAUAGCCCUACCUGAAAAUAACUGGCCCUACCACUGACCUGACCUUAGACAUAAUAAUAUAGUCAUUUUUCAUAAGCAGAAAAUAUUAAAUAAUGGUAUUUAUCUUUUGUAAAAAUCUCAUUUUUGGUGGCUCUACUUUAUAAUUGUUGGCCUCCCGUUGGCUCUACCUAGUAAAUAAUCCUGGCGCCGCCACUGUAUAGAGAUAAUGUUAUUCUGUGGUUUGGAUAACGGUCUUCGUUGUCGUUCCGUUGAAGGCACGAACUUUGAUUAUAAUCAUAGUUCGUGGUUGAAGGACAAGUCUAUUUCGUUAUAGUGAUAACAACUAAUUACGAUUAAUUGUAUGUUAUUAAUGCUAAAAAAAAAACAAAACGGUGUUUUGGUUAACAGGAACAAUAAUGCAUAUAUCAUUUUUUCCCCAGUCGCUUGGCCACUCAUGAGUAGUUCCAUUUCCACGUCUGCGAGUUCUCGAACGCUUUAUCAAUCAUUUUCGAUAUUUCUGUACUGCUUUCUGAACAAUGGAAUCUGAAUAUGCUAAAAAUACUUCUAAUUAUAAAUAUUCUAUAUCAGAUUUAGCAUUGACAAGAAAACAGCAAGAUUUUUAUGAAACUAAUGGAUAUUUAGUAGUUCCUAAACUUGUUCCAGAUUAUUUGUUAGACAGAUGCUGUAAUCGAUUCAUAGACUUAUGUCAUGGAAAAGUCCCACAAAAUCAAAUAACUUUGAUGAAAGAUGUGUCUCGCAUGAAAGCUGGUUAUCAAGGUGAAUAUUUGUUUGGUAAAGCCCAAGAUAUUCUAUGGGAUGAAGAAUUUUAUGAAUAUGCUAGAUAUCCAAAAAUGUUGGAUUACAUUGAAAGUUUUAUAGGACCAAAUGUUAUGGCGAUGCAUUCAAUGUUUAUUAAUAAACAACCUGAUAUUGGUACUAAUAGUUCACGUCAUCCACUUCAUCAAGAUCUUCAUUAUUUUCCAUUUCGUCCUGCCAAUUUAAUUGUAGCGUCUUGGACUGCUUGUGUUCCUAUAUCAAUAGAUAAUGGGUGUUUAUAUGUUGUACCAGGAACACACAUAAGUGAUUUGUAUCCCCAUACUUAUCCAGACCCUAAAGAAGGUGAAAUAAAUAAAAUGUAUCAUGAGAUGAAAAUUAACAACUACAAUGAUUAUGAAAAAGUAUUCUUGGAAAUGGAUAAAGGUGAUACAGUAUUUUUUCAUCCUUUAUUAUUUCACGGAUCGGGGGUAAAUAAAACAAAAGGUUUUCGUAAAGCUAUUUCUGUUCAUUAUGCAUCAUCUAACUGUAAUUAUAUUGAUGUUACGGGUACUACUCAAGAUAAUAUAAAAAAUGAAAUAAUUGAUGUAAUGGCUAAAAAGGGGAUAACAGAUGUUGAUUUUACAUUUGCUUGGAAACAUCGUUGUCGACUCAUUCGUGGUACCAAAGCUAAUUUAUAGGACUAUUUGAAUUUUAUGAUUACAUUUGGUUGUGGUUUUGUUUAAAAUAUUUUAUUUAUAUUUUGCGUGGAAUUUUUAUUUAAAUUCAUAUAUUAUAUAUUUAUAAAUUAUGUUACCAUUAUACUGUUAAUUGUGAGAUUUUUUAUUGUAUGAUGUAUUUUUAUUUGUUUAUUACAAACAAUGAAAACUUAUUAUUUCACAAAUCAUAUUUUAAA